CUUAAACCAUCAGAGGAGGGAAGAGAGGGUGGCUUUCCUUCCCCCUUCCUCUGUAGGCGCGGAGAAUGGAGUAAACGAGAUACGUAAGGUUUGGAGGAGGGAAAGCAAGCGAGCAAGCAGUGGCUCUUUCUAGAGGAGGGAACUCGACGGCGGAAUCCAGCGAAAGGAAGCGAGAUAAUGUGCCAGGGACGAGGGGCUGCUGCCGCCUAGUCGCACGCGGAGCGAGAGAGCCGGGAGAGCCUCCUGAAAUUGACAUCCUCGUUGCAGCGUCCUGACGGAGCUUGUCAAUGGAGCUGGAAAACAUCGUGGCCAACACGGUCUUGCUCAAAGCCAGGGAAGGUGGAGGAGGAAAGCGCAAAGGUAAAAGCAAAAAAUGGAAGGAAAUCCUCAAAUUUCCUCACAUUAGCCAGUGUGAAGAUCUUCGAAGAACAAUAGAGAGAGAUUACUACAGUUUAUGUGACAAGCAGCCAGUAGGAAGACUUCUCUUUCGCCAGUUCUGUGAGACUCGCCCAGAGCUUGAGUGCUGUAUUAGGUUUCUUGACUCAGUGGCAGAAUAUGAAGUUACUCCAGAUGAAAAACUGGGAGAGAAAGGCAAAGAAAUUGUGAUGAAAUACCUCAUCCCAGAGUCUCCAGCUUAUGUAGCAGAGGUCAGUCAAGAUCUUGUCCAUCAGACAGAAGAAAAACUUGAAAACAGCCCUUGUAAAGAGCUUUUCUUACCUUGUGUGAAAUCUGUUCAGGACUACUUAAGUGGACAACCGUUUCAAGAAUAUUCAGACAGCAUGUAUUUUGAUAGAUUUCUCCAGUGGAAAUGGCUGGAAAGACAACCAGUAACGAAAAACACAUUUAGGCAGUACAGGGUAUUAGGAAAAGGUGGUUUUGGGGAGGUAUGUGCUUGCCAAGUACGAGCGACUGGAAAAAUGUAUGCGUGCAAAAGGUUAGAGAAAAAACGAAUAAAGAAGAGGAAAGGUGAAUCCAUGGCCCUAAAUGAAAAGCAGAUUCUAGAAAAAGUCAAUAGUCAAUUUGUAGUCAACUUAGCCUAUGCCUAUGAAACCAAGGAUGCACUCUGUUUAGUUCUGACCAUAAUGAAUGGAGGGGACUUGAAGUUCCACAUCUACAAUAUGGGAAACCCAGGCUUUGAGGAAGAAAGAGCUUUGUUUUAUGCAGCAGAGAUUCUUUGUGGCUUGGAAGACCUUCAUAGAGAGAACAUUGUGUACAGGGAUUUGAAGCCAGAAAAUAUCCUGUUAGAUGAUUACGGCCAUAUCAGAAUAUCUGAUUUGGGUCUAGCUGUUAAAAUCCCUGAGGGUGAAUCAAUCCGUGGACGGGUAGGAACAGUUGGCUACAUGGCUCCAGAAGUCUUGAAUAACCAGCGAUACACUCUUAGCCCUGACUACUGGGGUCUAGGUUGUCUGAUCUAUGAAAUGAUUGCAGGACAAUCACCCUUUCGUGGGAGGAAAGAGAAAGUGAAGCGAGAAGAAGUAGACAGGAGAGUCCUGGAGACUGAAGAGGUGUAUUCCCAUAAGUUUUCUGAGGAGGCAAAGUCUAUUUGUAAAAUGCUACUGACCAAAGAUGUGAAGCAAAGACUGGGCUGUCAGGAAGAAGGUGCGGCUGAAGUAAAGAGGCACCCGUUUUUCAAGAGCAUGAAUUUCAAACGCUUAGAAGCAGGAAUGCUGGACCCUCCUUUUGUCCCUGAUCCUAGAGCAGUAUACUGCAAAGAUGUGUUGGACAUCGAACAGUUUUCAACUGUCAAAGGAGUGAACCUGGACCAAACUGAUGAUGAUUUCUAUUCCAAGUUUUCCACUGGCUCUGUAUCUAUUCCAUGGCAAAAUGAGAUGAUAGAAACAGAGUGCUUUAAAGAACUAAAUGUAUUUGGACCAAAUGGUACUAUCUCACCAGACCUUAACAAAAGCUACCCACCGGAACCACCGAAGAAAGGAUUGCUGCAUAGAAUAUUUAAACGUCAGCAUCAGAACAAUUCCAAGAGUUCUCCAAACUCAAAGGCCAAUUUAAAUCAUCAUAUAAAUUCCAAUCAUGUAAGUUCAAACUCCACUGGAAGCAGCUAGUUCUGCCUCGGCUUUUGAGAACCUGCACUUUGCAUCCUUCCACUAUAUUGUAUUGGAGCGUCAAGGAUGAGAGAGCAACUGCCAUUGAGCUAGAAGAUCAACUGUCUCCUACUGAGGGAGACCUUUUCCUCUCCGUUCCUCCCAGCGGAACCUCCCAUUUUACAAAGAAUUUUCCUCUCAGGUCUGUUUUUGGAGGUGGCACUUGAGGUCUUGUGACUCAACGUUGUCUCUGCAGGACAUUGCAAUAGAAAUCAGAGUCUGACAACUUGCACGUAUUUAAAACAGCAUCAUAACUAGAACUGAAUUUUGUCCUUAUUAUUUUUAAAGGAAAGGUUUUGUAAAUUUCUCUAUUGUCUUGGUUUACAUUUUGUACAUUUGUAUUUAAAUGAAAGUCAGACUUGGGGAUGUAUAUUUUCUGAGCAGCAGCUUGUAAAGCCAUGUGUUUUAAGGUUUUUGUUUGUUUGUUUUUUAAAGAAAAACAAAGUGAUCAAGACUUCCAGAGCCUCAAAAUGAGAUUUUUAUUUUUUUUUCAGAUAUAUAAAAAACUAUUUGUAUGUUCCAUUUUUCCAUAUCUGUUCUGUUGGUAUGAAUUUUUAUAGCAUACUCCAUUCUUUUUUCAUCAGUCUAUUUGGUUUACAGCAACACUGCAGACUAGUGUCUUCCCUCUGUUUAGUUGUUUUGUUUUCUUUUCUUUUUCAAACACCUUGAUUUCAGUGCAAACUCAAAACAAGAUUUGCCAUCUCUAAGGAGGCUGCGAUUGUCUGCGGUUCAGGAUGUCCUGGGACCAGCCUAGUUGCUAUUUGCACUUUUUGUAGUUCGGUUACCAUUUUAUGUCACUGAAAAGUCAACCCUGUUUAAAAUCCCUCCCCUCUUCUCCUUUCCUGGGCUGGUUUCCAGCAUUUCUGUUGUUACAGAAAGAGAAGAACAGCCGCAGAUAGUCAUCUGCUCCCCGCAUGGAAGCUCCAGUCAGGAACAUACUAACAGUCCAUCUUGACAAGUGGGUUUCCGCAUGCCAUAGAGAAGGGAUGUUAGAUACGUGUUGGAUAUGCAGCAGUGCUCGCUUAACUGUUCUCCUCCCACUGCAUUGAUCUACAGUGCAUCGUUGCACCUGCCCUUCUGCAUGGAAUCCCAGGGCAAGUGCCGAACUGUUGCGAUUGCUGCGCUCGACGUGCCAGCGGUGCUUCCCAUCGUUCCUGCUCUUAUGGGUGCAAUUUCUUGUGUUCUGCCCUCUGUGGCUUAUGAGAUCAUCAAGAGAAGGCUUGCCAUGAGUCCAAAGCUCAGCUCUUGGUGGCACCCUCCUCACUGUAUAGCAUUUCUUUUCUACCCCAUCUCCAGUGUUCCAGGAAUUUCAGAGACAGAAUGUACCUCUAAUUUAUACCUCCCCAUAUAAUUUGUGGGAAAGCAUGUCACAUGGUUACGAGUUCUUUGACACCUUUGGCCAUUUGAAUCUCCUUUUCCUGCUUUAUGAGGUGUGUCUGAGUCAUGGGGAUUUUUUUAAACUCUAAUUGGAUGAGUGAAACUUUUGACAGUAGUGUAUAAUGAAGAAUGAAUUACUAAAGUUUAUUAUUUUGUUUGUGUGGAAGAUAUUAAUGACUGCUUUUGAAAACAGUUCUUUGAAACAGGAUAUUGGAAAGGAAUAUCCAUUUUUACUUUGAUCUUGGGGCUAAAAAAUCAUUCAUUAAAUCAAGAGCAUUAAGAUGAAUAAACAAAAGGAAAUUAAAUAAACCCAGGUGAAUACCUUUUGGACACAAAAUACUACCAUUUCUACUCAGAGGAUCAGAAACAGUUAUUACCCACUUUAAAAGAUACAUGAUUUUAGCCUUCUCAGCAUAUUUGACAUAUACAUUUUGACCAGUAGGAAGGCAUAAUAUCUCAAAGAUUCAAUAAAUCAAUUUUAAAUUUCUCUAAACCUGUGAGAUAUACAGUAUAUCACAGAAGUGAGUACACCCCUCACAUUUUGUAAAUAUUUUAUUAUAUCUUUUCAUGUGGCAACCC